CUUAAAUCGAGAUCUUUUAAGAGUUUCUCAAUCAAUUUCAGACAACUUUAGAAUGGCGUCAUCAUCCAAUCCAACACCACCACUCGUGUCACCUAGUUCUGAUUCAACACUGUCACCUGGUGCAUCAAGUUCUGAUCUAACAUCACCACCUCAGGCACCCAUUUCUGAUCCAACUACGCCGCCACCGGGAGGACCCAAUACUACUCCAACACUACCAUCUAGGGCAUUAAAUUCUGAUCUAACACCACCACAUCAAGCACCCAUUUCUGAUCCAAUUACGCCGCCACCUGGAGGAUCCAAAACUACUCCAAUACUACAAUCUGGGGCAUCAAGUUCUGAACCAACACCACCACCUCAGGCACCCGUUUCUGAUCCAACUACACUGCCACCUGGAGGAUCAAAUACUACUCCAACACUACCAUCUGAGUCAUCAAGUUCUGAUCCAACACCACAACCUCAGGCACCCAUUUCUGAUCCAACAACACCGUCACCUGGAGGAUCCAAUACUACUCCAAGACUACCAUCUGGAGCAUCAAGUUCUGAUCCAACACCACCACCUCAGGCACCCCUUUCUGAUCCAAUUACACCGCCACUUGGAGGACCAAAUACUACUCCAACACUACCAUCUGGGGCAUCAAGUUCUAAUCCAACACCACCACCUCAGGCACCCGUUUCUGAUCCAACUACACUGUCACCUGGAGGACCCAAUACUACUCCAGCACUACCAUCUGGGGCAUCAAGUUCUGAUCCAACACCACCACCUCAGGCACCCGUUUCUGAUCCAACUACACUGUCACCUGGAGGACCCAAUACUACUCCAACACUACCAUCUGGGGCAUCAAGUUCUGAUCCAACACCACUACCUCAGGCACCCGUUUCUGAUCCAACUACACUGCCACCUAGAGGAUCAAAUACUACUCCAACACUACCAUCUGGGUCAUCAAGUUUUGAUCCAACACCACAACCUCAGGCACCCAUUUCUGAUCUAACUACACCGUCACCUGGAGGACCCAAUACUACUCCAACACUACCAUCUGGGGCAUCAAGUUCUGAUCCAACACCACCACCUCAGGCACCCAUUUCUAAUCCAAUUACACCGCCACCUAGAGGACCAAAUACUACUCCAACACUACCAUCUGGGGCAUCAAGUUCUGAUCCAACACCACCACCUCAGGCACCCAUUUCUAAUCCAACUACAGCGCCACCUGGAGGACCUAAUACUACUCCAACACUACCAUCUGGGGCAUCAAGUUCUGAUCCAACACCACCACCUCAGGCACCCGUUUUUUAUCCAACUACACCGCCACCUGGAGGACCCAAUACUACUCCAACACUACCAUCUGGGGCAUCAAGUUCUGAUCCAACACUACCAUCUCAGGCACCCGUUUCUGAUCCAACUACACCGCCACCUGGAGGACCCAAUACUACUCCAAUACUACCAUCUGGGUCAUCAAGUUCUGAUCCAACACCACCACCUCAGGCAUCCGUUUCUGAUCCAACUACACCUCCACCUGGAGGACCCAAUACUACUCCAACACUACCAUCUGGGGCAUCAAGUUCUGAUCCAACACCACCACAUCAGGCACCUGUUUCUGAUCCAACACCACCACAUCAGGCACCUGUUUCUGAUCCAACUACACUGCCACCUGGAGGACCCAAUACUACUCCAACACCACCACCCGAAGCAUCCAAGACUCCACCAUCACCACUCUUAUCACCCAGCAUAACCAUUUCAGAGCAAUAUGUUCAUAAGGUCGCACUGCAAAAGCUGAAAAUUUUUCUGGAAGCUAAAAAUGAAACGACAACAAUAACUCUCCAUGGUGAAACUGGAGUGGGGAAAACGUGGAUGGCCAGAGAGAUCUGCAGAGAGAUCUCCAAAGACAUGCAUAACGCUGGAAAGGAGAGCUUAUUUAGUGGGACCCUUUGGCUCUCUCUAAACAAAAAAUAUCAUGGUACCGAUCCAAGUACGAGAUCCGAGCUAAUUCUUGUGGACAUUGCACGCAAGUUAUGUGUACUUCCCUCUACUGAAGGAGGGUUUGAAGAUGAUGAUGAUGAUGAGGAUGAACAUCAGGAAUCCAAGAAAGAUUUAGCUCAUCCCCUUCAGGUCGAUGUUAUCAAAAAGCUCCAUCAGAUGAUGAUAGAGAUGGAUAAAAGUUUUGUUUUGAUUCUCGACGGUGUUCCUGAUGACACUAAGAAAAUUGAAGCAGAAAUCAUCCACCAAUUCAAAUCGCCGAAGAAUCUGAAGGUCGUUAUGAUCACUAGUACUAAAUCUGAUAUGAUCAAGGAGGAUCCUAGUAAAGGAGAGUUUCUCAUUGGCUCUUUGAGAAAAAGAGAGUUUCUAGAGCUGUUGAAGAGUACUAGCGCAGGAACAGAAGGUUUAGAAGGUGUAGAAUCUUUGAUAGAAAGGUUUAAGGAUGUCAUCUUCAGAGAUCUCCGCGUCGUUUCUCUGCCUGCCGCGGUGGCCGUCGUGGUUGGAAAAGCCUUGAGGUACAAUUUUAGUGAUCGUGAUGAUGGUCAAGACGAUCGGUACUCUAGGCAUAAGGUGUUUGAAAAUGCUUUGAAAGAAGCUACCAAACUCAAGGAAGCGCCGGAGAAGAUAAGAACCUCGAUCGUUCGUUUUGCAUUCGACACUUUACCGAGCAAUGAAGAGACGAUGAUCAAGUGCUGCUGGCAUAGCAAGAAGUUUUUCAAGCUCAUCAACAAUGCCAGCGUUCACUACAAUGAGCUGAUUUCUCACUGGAUCAUGGAGGGAUACUUCGACCAUUUUAAGUACUCCAGCAGCAUUGUGAAGGCUUAUGAGGAGGGAUACCGCAUUUUGAAGGAGCUUAUGAAGCGAGGCCUGCUCAAAGUCGAAGACGAAGACUUCAUUGCCAUGGAAGGAGAAGCUCUUGAGGUUCAGGAUUACCGCCGUGAAGGAUUCGAUGAGACGGCGACGCUGGGAUUGCCUGAUGUGUUCCAAGGAGAUGAAGAAUGGCAGGGUCUAGGGAAAAUUGCCGUCGCUGACGGUAUGAUAAAAACGGUCUGCAGGCAUAGGAGGUGGUGGCUCAUUUCUACAUUGAUUAUGGAUCAAAAUCGGCUUUGCAGGGAAGUUCCGAACACCUUUUUCAAGCCAAUGACGGAGCUCAAAGUCCUUGUCUUGCUAAAUCCAAGGUUGAAAUCUUUAGACUUCAUUGGAGGAGCAGAAGCCUCUCCACUAUCCAAGCUCCGGUUGUUAGUGCUUCGAGGCUGCGACGUGCUGGAGGACGUCAGUUCAAUCGGAAUGCUCGAAUCAUUGAUCGUUUUGGAAAUCUCCGGCGCCAAAUUGUUGAAGGAAAUCCCAGAUGCUCUGUUUAAUAAGAUGACUCAGCUUCGCAGCCUCAACCUCUCCGGAAUUCAGGUCAAGUCUCUGCCUAUUUUCAAGUUGACCAAACUUCGUUGGCUUAUCCUUAGAGAGUGCUCUAAAUUGGAAGAAAUGCCGAGUUUGAAAGAUUUUGAGGAUCUUGAGGUACUUGACAUGUUUGGUGCUUACUCUUUGACAAAGUUCAAAGAUAAAAGAUUUGGAAACCUUAAGAAACUUAGAGUGCUAGAUUUUUCCCAUUCCAAGAUUGCACCUUUACCAUUUUUGCACAAUUUAACUGCCCUUACUAGGCUCACACUAAAAGGUUGUACCGAAAUAACAAGGCUUCCCCACUUGAAAGAGUUAUCUAGUCACCAAGUUCUUGAACUUCCUGGUGCUAAAAAGUUCAAGGAAUUUUACCCUCUACACUUGGAAAACAAGAAAGCCCUCCGAAUACUCGACCUGUCCGAAACCAAACCUCAUCAAUUGCCUUCAACUUGGAGCGACCUGCCUAGUCUUGAGGUGCUUAAUCUUUCCCAUAUGUCCACUCUAGAAGAUUUAGGUGUUGGCUUCAAUAAACUAGCAUGCCUUCAAUGUCUUAACUUGUCAAACACCAAAGUCAAGAGCCUUCCCUCGCUUUCGAAUCUCACAAGCCUUCGCCAGCUCUAUCUUAGUGAUUGUCCGAAAUUGGAGGCCCUCUCGGGUGUGGAAGGACUAACAAGCCUUGAGAUUCUUGAUCUCUCGCGGGCCAGUGAGUUGAAAGAGAUGUCAAAUCAGGUGUUGAAAUUACCGAAGCUUCGCGAACUUCUACUACCGGAAUGCAAGAAGCUCGAGAAGUCGCCAAUCUUCGAUGAUCUCCCCAAGCUCGAAGUGCUAAACCUCUCGGGAUGUGAAGCUCUAGAGCUUGAAAAUCUGUCCUUUCAAGGAAUGACUCUUCUUGAGGUACUUGAUCUCUCUAAAACUAAGGUUCGGAGUCUGUUAUCCCUCUCUCCUUCUAUCCGACGACUCCUACUAGAGAAUUGUGUCGAGUUGGGAAAAAUUCCAGCUUUAGAUUCACAAUCAAAGCUUGAAGAGCUCAGCUUGUGUGGUGUAAAGUCCUUACAAAAACCUGAAGAUAAGUCAUUUUACCGCAUUGGAAGAUGGAAAUUUCUUCAGACUCUCAACUUUUCUGAAACCUCAAUGAUUUUGUCCACAGACUUGAUCACCAAAUGUACCAACCUGAAGAAACUGUUGUUAGGAGGCUGCCUUUUCUUAAACAAAAAGCCACAACUGAAGGAGCUCACGAAGCUCGAGGUUUUGGAUCUUUCAGAUACAUCAGUAGUCGAGCAAGACAAAUCUAAGGGAAAUCUUAGCAACCGAAGUGAGCUUAUUAAUUCAAGAAAAGUCUUGAGCCUAGAGGAAUUGUCUGAUGAUCUCAAAAGUCUUUUGAUGUUAACUAGUCUAGAUCUUCGGGGUCUUGAAGUUAAGAUUUUCCCUUAUUGGAUCUCAGCCCUGAUUCAUUUAAAGAAGCUUCAUCUUCCCAACUUGGCAGGCGUUCCAGAAAUCGACUGGGGGCGGAUAAAGCGCUUACCAGACGGGCUAAAGUUGGCAGAAUGUGGCAUCAUCAACAAUGUUAGUAUUCACGGGGUGAGUUCUAGGCCAUCAAUCUCGAUGAGCAGCAUAGAAGUUGUCAAAUCAUUGAAGCAAAAUUCCGACAUAUGGGAAAAGUGCUUCCAAGAAUUUCGCAUUUACGUUUGCCCUUAUGUGGAAAGUGGCAAAGAUGAAGACCUCUAUCAUCUCAGAGAUGACAAAUUUGAAGAUAUCUAUUUCAAGACUAUUAGUUGUCCUGAAAGCUGUCAGAGGUUUUUGGAGAUCCGCGGAUUUAAAAGUUGUCCGGAUGGUCUUGAGGAUGCUCUUGAAGGAGUUGAUUGUCUGUCCUUCAUUGAAGAUGAUUUCAUAACAAGUUUUUCGGAUAUUGGAGCUGAGAAAAAAGAGGCAAUGACAGGCUUGUGGCUAGAGAGAUGUGCCAAAACAGAUAUGAUAUUUUCCGAAGAUAAAGUUAUCAAGUUGGGAGAAGAUUUCAACAUUUUAUGGGCUUCAAACCUUCCUCUUUUGAAUAUUCUAUACAGAGGAAAUGUGCAGCCUGGAAGCUUCCAAAACCUUACACAAUUGUAUCUAGACUGUUGCCCAAUGCUUAAAUAUGUUUUCUCUUCAUCCCAGAUGCCAAAGAAGCUUGAGAAACUCCAAGUCAAGUUUUGUGACAAGUUGAGGACUUUGAUCGAAUGCGAAUCCUCCGCGGAAGAGCACGAAUUGCAGAACCUGAGUGAGCUGAAUCUGAUGGAACUGCCUGAACUGACUGGUGUUGGGGCCAAGUUGCCAGGUCUAAAAAAUGCUAAAGUCAAAGGUUGCCCAAAACUGAAGAAACAGGAGUUCAUAGAUGGCCUCGGACUGCAAAACAAAAAUGUCGAAGUUACACAUGUUGAAGAGAAUUGGGGAAGAGGUGCUCCAAAGGAAACCAAAGAACUUUUCAAGAAGUGAAGUAGCAUAUAAUGUUGAAGAAAAGUGUGUUCAUAGACUUGUGUUUAAAGCAAGUCAGUUGGUGUGUAUGUGUGUGAGAGAAUAAAUGAGAGAAGACGGUCUUUGAGUAUUAUAUACAUACAUAUAUAUAUAUACAUAUAUAUAUAUAUAUAAUAUA